AUGGUGUUCGAUAUGGACAUAUCUCCAUCUCACUCCGGCGACAAGUCUAGGGCGGACUUAGAGCAAGAGAUUCGAGAUUUGAAGCAGCAGUUGGCCAGCAUUUAUCAAACAUCUAGUCAGCGCCAUUCGUUUCCCACAGCGAUCAGCAGUAGCGAGUUGGAUGCAGUGACUAGUAGCAUAAGUAUUACGACAAGUGCAGCACGAACCAAGUUCAGUGCAUCCUCCUAUUCGGCAUUCGGCUUUCCGUCUGGUGCUCCCACCGGACAUUCGUUGGGGCAAUACGCACCAAACCAACCGAAUCUUCUCAAUCAGUAUCCGACAUUUUCGGUUAGUGCUCCUUCCUUCCCGUUCGUCGCGAGUGUAUCGAGUGUUCCAAAUCCGAUCGUCACACCACUACCGUCAAGCAGAACCGCUCGUGAUCUUCCAGUCCCAGCGUAUGGACCGAGUUCACAGCAAAUCGCCGCAAGACACGUGGUGCCCAAGGAGCUACCGGAGUUCACCGGCGAUCCCAUAGACUGGCCGCUAUUCGUGAGUAGUUACAACAACUCAACGCGUAUGUGUGGAUAUAGCGAUGACGAGAACCUCAUGCGUCUUCAACGGUGUCUCAAAGGGAAUGCGAAGGAGGCAGUUCGGGGACAUCUCUACCAUCCGUCAUCAGUGCCACAAGUCAUGUCAACCUUGGAAACACUCUACGGUCGCCCGGAAUUGAUUGUGAAGUGCCUGAAGAACAAAGUGUAUUCAACGCCGGCGCCGAAAGCGGACAAGUUGGAGAGCCUCAUCAGCUUCGGACUAGUCGUUCAGAACCUGUGUAGUCAGCUACAGUCCAUGGGCAUGGAUGCCCAUCUUUCAAACCCUUCGCUUCUCCAGGAAUUGGUUGACAAGUUGCCGGCCAAUAUCAAGCUGGACUGGGCCUUGUACCAACGACAGAUUCCGGUAGCAGAUUUGCGGACGUUUAGCGCGUACAUGACAACAAUUCUAUCUGCUGCCAGCAACGUCACAUUCUACGCAGAGCCGGUGCGAAAGCAGGAGAAACUCAAGGGUAAAGAGAAGGGUUUUGUGAACGCGCAUACAUCGGAGCCGGAACGGAAAGUCCAGCGGGACGUCAAGACGGAAGAUGCUGGUGCUAGUGAAGUGCGCCAACCGAAGCCGUGUCUACUGUGCAAGAAGGACGGACACAAAGUGCGCGAGUGCAAUAGUUUCAAGAGCUUGUCCCUGGAGAAUCGUUGGAAGACGGCCCAGCAGCUAAGCCUCUGCCGCCGCUGCCUGAUUCCUCACGGCAAGUGGCCGUGCAAGGCUACGGUGUGUGGUGUAAGCAACUGUGAAGCACGCCAUCACAAGCUACUGCACCCGGGAAACCCUCAGGCGCCGACUAUCGAAGCAGUGUCGUCAGCGAGAAGCCAGGUCACACCCACAACAUCAGCAACAGUGAACGUUCAUCGUCAACUUCCGUGUCCGGUACUGUUCCGGAUUCUUCCCGUUACCCUUUACGGGAAAAAGAAGUCAGUCACCACGCUGGCAUUCCUCGACGAUGGAUCUUCCUACACACUAAUGGAAAAGGAGUUGGCUGAUGAACUUGGCGUUGAAGGUGAGGCCGAACCCCUGUGUUUGCAGUGGACCGGCAGUAUCAAACGAAUCGAAAAGGAUUCGCAGAACGUACAGUUGGGAAUCUCGGCGGCCGGGAACAGUCAACAGCACACACUGGAAUACGUGCGGACAGUUGAAAGUUUGGAUCUUCCCCCGCAGUCUUUGCAGUACGAAGAGAUGGCACGCAGAUACGAUUAUCUCAAAGGUCUUCCCGUAGACAGUUAUCCUACCGCUACACCCCGUAUUCUGAUCGGUGUGGACAACGCUAAAUUGCUGCUGACUUUGAAGAAGCGAGAAGGGAAGUACUUCGAACCAGUUGCAGCAAAAACAAGGCUAGGUUGGACCAUCUACGGCAAAGCAGAAGGACUUUCGAGCACACCAGAACAUCGUAUUCUGCACAUUUGCGCUCGCUCAUCCGACGAACAGCUACAUGACGCAGUGAAAAACUUCUUCUCCAUCGAAAACGUUGGUGUGGCGCUAGUUCCACAAAUCGAAGCUGAAGAAGAUCGGCGAUCACGUGAGAUUCUCGAGCAAACAACUAUCCGGACAUCAUCUGGGCGGUUCCAAACAGGACUACUCUGGAAGUUCGACUGCAUUGAGUUUCCUGAAAGCCGGUUAAUGGCUGAAAAGCGACUGACUUGCUUGGAGCGGAGUUUGUGCAAGAAACCGGAGCUGUACGCAAAUGUCCGACAGCAGAUCCUCGAUUAUCAGUCGAAGGGCUACGUCCAUAAGCUUACGGAUGAAGAGGCCAGCCGCAGUGACCCCAGAAGAGUCUGGUACUUACCGUUAGGAGUGGUUCAGAACCCGAACAAGCCCGGAAAAGUCCGGGUUGUGUGGGACGCUGCGGCGAAAACCGGUGGCGUAUCAUUGAACUCCAUGCUACUGAAGGGGCCGGAUCUACUCAUUUCGCUGCCAUCCGUGCUAUUCCGUUUCCGUCAGCGAGAGGUUGCCAUUACGGGUGACAUAAAGGAAAUGUUCCACCAGAUAUUGAUUCGACCGGAGGACCGACAAGCUCAGCGUUUCUUGUGGCGGGACAGUUCCAGGGAACCCAUGCAGGAAUAUGUGAUGGAUGUUGCAACGUUUGGGUCAACAUGUUCGCCAUGCUCUGCCCAGUACGUGAAGAAUAGAAACGCCGAAGAGUGGAAGCAGGUAUACCCGGACGCGGCUGCAGCUAUUGUGGAGAACACCUACGUAGAUGACUACGCCAACAGUUCGGAUUCCGUUGAGGAAGCGGCUCGUAUAGCGCUCGAGGUGAAGGAGGUUCACGCAAGUGCUGGUUUCGAGAUCCGAAAUUGGUUGUCAAGUUCUAAACAAGCUCUUCGACGGGUCGGGGAAGAAGCAUCACAAGUAUCAAAGAGCUUCAUUGCAGAAAAGUCCACCGGCUCCGAACGAGUACUAGGAAUGACGUGGUUACCAGAACCAGACGAAUUCACGUUCACUCUCAAACUACGUGAUGAAGUUUUUCAACUGUUGGCGGAGGAAUUCAUUCCGACAAAGCGUCAAGUGCUAAGAGUGGUAAUGAGCAUCUUCGAUCCUCUCGGGCUUGUUGCAGCGUUUGUGGUGCACGGAAAAUGUUUAAUCCAGGACAUUUGGAGAGCAAAGGUGAACUGGGACGAGCAAAUUCCAGAAGAAUUGGUCAGCAAGUGGCGGCGUUGGGUGGAUGUGCUGCAAAACCUUAACCAGGUGAAGAUUCCACGCUGCUAUUUCCCUGGAUACGAUCCCCGCAGUUUGGAGUGCUUAGAUCUGCACGUUUUCGUCGACGCAAGUGAGGAAGCGUACGCGUGCACCGCUUAUUUCCGGAUUGUCGAUCGAGGACAGAUACGAUGCGCUCUCGUGUCUGCCAAAACAAAGGUAGCUCCUCUAAAUCCAAUGUCGGUGCCUCGCCUGGAAUUGCAGGCCGCAGUUAUCGGUGUCCGACUAAUGAAGGCGGUACAGGACAACCACUCACUCCCGAUAAGUCGUCGUGUGAUAUGGGGUGACUCAAAGACAGUGCAGUCCUGGCUUCGUUCGGACCAGCGGAAAUACCGCCAAUUCGUAGCUUUCAGAGUCAGCGAAAUUCUUAGCGAGACGAGUCUGGAAGAAUGGCGAUGGGUCCCAACACGGAGUAACGUAGCAGAUGAAGCAACGAAGUGGGGUAAAGGACCUAGCUUCCACUCCGACAGCCGAUGGUUUACAGGUCCGGAAUUCCUUUAUGAGGAUGAAUCAGGGUGGCCAGAACAGGAAUAUUCGCCACCAAACACCCAAGAAGAAAUUCGACCAAUCCACGCUCACCAUCGUGCAUCUUUAGUACCAGUAUUUGACUAUCAACGCUUCUCCAAAUAUCAACGACUGCUACGAACGGUAGGAUACGUACUGCGCUUCAUCGAUCGUUGUCGUCGAAAGCAUGCAACCGAAUCUUCCGAUACUGGACUGUCAAGAAAGGAACUGUUGAAGGCUGAACUCGUGCUGUGGCGGCUGGUGCAGAACGAAGAAUAUCCCGAAGAAGUGUUGACGAUACUCAAAAACAAGGAACGACUGCCAGGAGAAGUCAAAAGGUUGAUGAAAAGUAGCCCGUUACGCAAGCUGACAGUGUUUCUCGACGAUAACGGUGUUCUGCGUAUCGAAGGACGGAUUGAGGCAGCAAAAUUGAUUUCAUACGAAUCCAAGUAUCCUGUGGUGCUCCCAAAGCAGCACCACGUUACUCGACUGCUCGUCGAACAUUUUCAUCGGCGGUACGCACACGGUUACGGAGAAACUGUGAUCAACGAGCUUCGACAGAUCUUCCACAUUCCCAGUUUAAGAACCCUUGUCCGGCAGAUAGCCAAGCGUUGCUCAUGGUGUACCGUGUAUCGUGCUGCACCUCGGACCCCGCGAAUGGCACCUCUUCCAGCUGCGAGAGUGACCCCGUACGUGCGGCCAUUCACAUAUAUUGGCAUCGACUACUGUGGGCCUUUUCUGAUUCGCAUCGGUCGCAGUAACGUGAAGAGAUGGGUGGUACUGAUUACCUGCCUAACUAUACGGGCCGUCCAUCUGGAGGUUGCCUGCAGCAUGUCUAGCGAGUCGUGCAAGUUGGCGAUUAGGCGGUUUGUCGCGAGGAGAGGAGCACCGCAGGAGAUCUAUAGUGACCAAGGCACGAAUUUCGUUGGAGCUAGCAGGGAGUUACGGGAAGAAAUAGCAGCGUUGAACCACACAUUAGCCGGAACAUUUACAAACCGAGACACCCAGUGGCGUUUCAACCCUCCAGCUGCGCCCCAUAUGGGUGGAGUGUGGGAGCGUAUGGUACGGACGGUGAAAACUUCGUUGCGGACGUUAUCAACCAGCAGAACACCGGAUGAGGAGACGUUCCAGACCCUAUUAACCGAAGUGGAAGGUAUUAUCAACUCUCGGCCCUUGACAUUCGUGCCGUUGGGAUCUGAAGACGAUGAAGCUCUUACGCCGAACCACUUCCUACUGUUGAGCUCCAACGGUGUAGUUCAACCACCACAGGAACCGGUAGCGGAUGGCGGACGAACACUAAGGACUAAUUGGAACCAAAUACGGAUCAUGCUGGAUCAGUUCUGGAUUAAAUGGAUCAAGGGUUACUUGCCCACGAUAUGUCGCCGCUCCAAGUGGUUCGACGAUACCAAGCCGGUAGAAAUUGGAGAUUUGGUAGUGGUUGUCGAAGAAGGUGUUCGGAACAGCUGGACUCGUGGAAAGGUAGUCAAGGUAUAUCCCGGUAACGAUGGCAGAAUUAGGAAGGUGGACGUGCAAACUACGAAUGGAGUGUUGCAGCGGCCGGUUACGAAGGUAGCUGUGCUGGACGUGGCUGUGGGUGGUAUAGCUGAAGAAGGCCAGCAGCAAUACGGGUCGGGGAAUGUGCGCGAGUAA